AUGCACCAAAAGGGCCUCCUUUUCGCGCCAGACGACCCCGUCACGCACCAGAUUCUCUCACAGGACUCCACACCACCCCAUCCCGCAGAGCUCAGGAGCCUAGGCCGGCAAAUUCCCGACUUCGACGACGCAGUGUGGAAGAAACAUCGCUAUAAGAUCGUCGUCGAGGGCAAUUACCUCAAAUUUACUCAGGACCCUCAGCUCAAAGCAAAGCUUUUGGCUACGAGGGACAGGGAACUGGUGGAGGCCAGUCCGCGGGAUCGGAUAUGGGGUGUGGGGUUCGGGGCGAAGAAUGCUGGCGUGAGGAGGAAGAACUGGGGUUUGAAUUUACUUGGAAAGGCGUUGAUGGAGGUAAAGGAACGGAUUCGAAAGGAAUUGUUGGAAGAAGAGGAGCUGGCGAUUGGUGGUGGUGGCGGUGGUGGCGGUGGAGAGAAGGCUGUGUAG